AUGCUGCCAUCACAUAAUAAAGUAACGGAACAACCGGCAGAACAUAUUAUAUCACAACCUAUAAAUCCACAUAAGAUUUCACCACCGAAAACUUCUGUAGCAGUCACUUCAAAUACACCUAAACCUUCAGGUGCUACAGCAGGUAGUCAUUCCUUCUGA